AUGUUGAUAGCACUCGACAUGAGCGAACAGGAAGCUAGGCGCGUUGUGAACGAUGUUUACGAACUGAACAUGCGCGCGUCGUUUGAACUUCGAGGUUUCGCGUCAAAUCAUCCGGAGGUGAUCGCGGACGUAGUCAACAGUAAGGAGGAGACUACGGUCAUAGGCGCUAGCGAUAGCGAACGCACGCUAGGCUUAAAGUGGAAUCAUAAACGCGAUACGUUAGGGUUUAACGUGAAUUUUAGGAACACGCCCGAAAACGUACUCGACGGCCGCGAAUUACCCACAAAAAGGCAGGUCACGAGUAGUGCGAUGUCCAUAUUCGACCCCAUAGGUUACAUUAGCCCCAUAUCAGUGCUAGGUAAAGCGUUAAUGCAAGAGAUAUGGCGCACUGGGAUCGGUUGGGACACGCCCAUUCCCGUUACGCUCGCGCCCGCCUGGCGUUCGUUUAUAGAAAACGUACAGCAGUUAAAACAGCUCGAAAUUCCUAGACACGUACCCGCGUACAACCGCGAAGCGCACAUGCAUGUAUUUUGCGACGCUAGUGAAAAAAUAUACGCCGCGGCCGUGUAUCUGGUUAGCAUAACGCCCGAGGGAGAGCGUACGUCCGCGUUAGUAGCCGCAAAGGCCCGCGUCGCGCCUCUUCGCGUAGUUAGCAUUCCACGAAUGGAAUUACAGAGCUGUGUGCUAGCCACGCGUCUAGCAGAUACGAUAAUAAAAGAGUCGGACUACGUAAUUAAGGAAAAAUAUUUUUGGUCAGACUCGAAGACGGCACUCGCUUGGAUUCGCUCAGACCCGCGUAAAUAUAAGACGUACGUCGCUCAUAGGUUAGCUGAGAUAGAAAACACUACCACCCCCGCUAACUGGCGAUGGGUGCCUAGUGCCGCUAACGUAGCGGACGACGCCACUCGGGGCGUCCCGGCGCAUUUUGGGGCCGACCACCGGUGGUUCGUUGGGCCAGAAUUCAUACGGAAAAGCGAGUCUUAUUGGCCGGUAGAAAAAACGCUCGCGCCUGUCGCAGACACGGGCGAAGAGCGCGCAGCGAAAGUAGUUUGCUCGCUAGGCGUUACUAGGAAAACGUUCGACUACCUACCAGAUAUAAAUAGGUUUCCGCGUUUUAAACGUUUAGUUAGAGUCACUGCUCUCGUUCUGGUUGCCGCUGAGGCUUUCAAAGCCUUAUUGCUCAAAAAGAAAACGGAAACAGAAAUGAACAAUGAACAUAUCAGACUGGCGGAGAUAUUGCUCAUUCGUCGGAGUCAGCACGCGUCAUUCCCGGAGGAAAUUAAGUUGCUGGAAACUGGGCGCGCGCUACCUAAGAAAUCACCGCUGCACAAGGUCGCUGUGAAGCUGGAUAAAAACGGGAUCAUCACUCUGAACGCGAGGAUCGACAAAGACGUCCACAUCCCAGUGCUGCACGCGAAGGAAGAUUUCACGAAUUUGCUGAUAUAUCAUUUUCAUGCUCUGUACAAUCACGGCAACCACUCAACCGUCAUUAACGAGCUGAAACAGAGAUAUUAUAUUAUCGGGCUGCGCGGCACAAUACGAUAUAUUACAAACAAGUGCCAAUGGUGUCGGACCUAUAAAGGGACUACCCUCAAAGUUCCCGUAGGCGACUUACCAGCAGAGAGGCUCCAGGCGAAUCAACCGCCAUUCACUGCCGCCGCCGUCGAUUUGUUCGGCCCGAUGAAUAUUACAAUAGGCCGCCGCCGCGAAAAGAGAUGGGGAGUGUUGUUCACUUGCCUCACAACUCGAGCUGUACAUCUAGAGCUUGCCGCCUCCUUAUCGGCAUCCUCCAUGAUACUAUCACUAAGAAGAAUGAUAGCUCGACGCGGCGCGCCUACAGUUCUGUACUCGGACAACGCCACUAACUUUUACGGCGCCGAGAGAGAACUAGCGGAAGCUAAGAGAACACUGCCUGACAGCCUGAAGCCCUUCCUGUCCGAACGCGAGAUGACCUGGAAGAAGAUUCCACCUGGAAACCCCUCAGCAGGCGGCGCGUGGGAGCGCCUGGUGGGCAGUGUUAAGACCGCUUUAAAAGUGACACUGAAAGAAAGAGCUCCUCAUGAAGAAGUUCUGCACACGCUGUUGCUAGAAGCCGAGCAUAUAGUCAACUCGAGACCGCUGACGCCAGUGAACCCAGACCUCGACGACGAAGCUCUGACGCCGAACCACUUUCUCAUCGGCCGUUCGAGCGCCCUGUCGCCGCUAGGCGUGUUCACCGACUCCGUGUUGACCCUAUCGUCAUGGAAAACAGCUCAGAACUUGGCCGAUCACUUUUGGAGGCGCUGGAUAAAGGAAUACCGGCCCAGCUUACUCCCUCGGUCGAGCGCUCAUCAGCAGGUGCACAAGCUACACGAAGGAGACAUAGUGAUAGUGGCAGACGGCUCUAUGCCCCGCGGAACUUGGCCUAGAGGUGUAAUCACACAACUCUUUCCCGGCCCUGAUGGCCACGUAAGAGUAGCCAUAGUUCGUACCCGCGCAGGAGAACGCGUCUACAAGCUUCUACGCCGGUCAACGAGCGCAGUCCUGCACUCCACAUAUAUAAACAACCGCACUAAUUAG